UGACAGCACUGUCAUUAUUUCUCCAACCAUUGACCUCAUAGCGGUGACUGAACUCUCAACAUCACUUGGAGUUUAUUAUAUCAAACCACCUCUGUUCCUCCGUCUAAAGUUCCGCGUCUGAUGUUAGGAGUCCAUAAAGAUCUCUGACAUUCCGCUGGUGGUUUUCCGGCCGAAUGAAGUUGGAAUUGCCAAUUAGAACUGUCAUAUACCGUCCCUCGUCCCUAUCAGCGACGUGAGGUGCGAGAGAGUUUCCAGCACCUGACAGACAACCUCCCACGGAGUACAAGCAGACGACAUUCUGGCCAAUUUUUUUCAGCUGACGUUUACUGUAUCGUCCCUCAUCCAAGAUGUCCAACCGGAGGGUCAAAUCUUUGGCUGUCGACGAGGACGACUACGACGAUUAUGAUGACUAUGACGACGACUACGACGGAGGUGGCGACGAAGGCCUCUCCGCGGAAGAUAAAGAACAGAUGCGCGAAGGCACCAUCAAAGUCCGCGAAGCUCUAGGUUCCUUUCCAGCAACAGACGAGGAGAUCCAGGAUUCCCUCUGGCACUAUUACUAUGAUGUGGCCAAGACUGUUUCCUACCUGAAAAACAAACAAAAGUCCGCCUCUGGGCCCGCAAAAAAGCAAAAGGAUGAGCCAAAGAAACCAAGCCCCGACGAUGUGGUGACGAGAGCGCAAAACCAAAAAGCGGCAACGGCAACGGCAGCUAAACCCAAGGCCAAGGAAUCAGCGAAACCAAAAUCAUCUCUAGCAAAUGGCGUACAGCAGUUGACCGUGCAAGAGACUCAGACACCAAAAGUGAAGAGCAAAAACAUUGAUGUGGUCAGUGAAUACAAAAAAGUCAAACGGAAGAAGGCUGCCAAUUUUGUGGUUAUCGGCCAUGUCGACGCGGGCAAGAGUACGCUAAUGGGACGGCUGCUAUUCGAUUUAAAAGCAGUUGAUCAACGCACUAUGGACAAGUACCGCAAAGAAGCCGAACGGAUCGGUAAAGGCUCAUUCGCAUUCGCCUGGGUGCUAGAUCAAGGGACGGAAGAACGAGAAAGAGGGGUGACGAUCGACAUCGCAACGAACAAAUUCGAGACGGACCAAACCAGCUUCACCAUCCUCGAUGCCCCGGGACACAAGGAUUUUGUGCCCAACAUGAUUGCCGGAGCAAGUCAAGCGGACUUUGCGGUUCUUGUGAUCGAUGCCUCGACGGGCAAUUUCGAAUCCGGGCUCAAAGGUCAAACGAAAGAACAUGCCCUACUUGUCCGGUCAAUAGGGGUGCAGAGAGUGAUCGUUGCCGUCAACAAGAUGGACUCGUGCGACUGGUCGCAAGACCGAUUUGAAGAAAUUCGGCAGCAAAUGUCGGCAUUCUUGAGCAGCGCUGGAUUCAAUCCGAAAAACGUCACUUUCGUCCCUUGUUCCGGUCUGGAGGGGGGAAACAUCCUGGCUAGAUCCACAAAUCCAAAGGCUGCCUGGUAUACAGGGCUGACAUUGGUCGAGGAACUCGACCAAUCUGAACCGUCUACUUAUGCGCUCGACAAACCAUUACGGAUGACCAUCAACGAUGUCUUCAGGGGAAGCGUGCAGAACCCUUUAUCUGUUUCCGGUCGCAUCGAAGCAGGGACUGUCCAGGUGGGCGAGCAGGUGGUUAUCAUGCCCAGCGGUGAAAAGGCCCAGAUCCGCAGUCUGGACGUUGACGACGAACCACAGGACUGGGCGGUAGCGGGCCAGAAUGUCGUUUUGAAUCUCACCGAUAUUGAUCCGAUUCAUCUAAAGACUGGAGACGUGCUUUGCAGUGCGGUGGCCCCGAUCCGCAAUGUUCAGGAGUUCAAGGCAAAGGUUUUGGCCUUCGACCACUUGACGCCCAUGAACAUUGAUGUCCAUAAGGGGAGACUCCAUGUUCCUGGUCGAAUUACUCAGUUGAUUGGUGUGCUGGACAAGUCCACCGGUGCUGUCGUGAAGAAGAAACCUAAGAUCGUUCAGCCGGGGAGCGUAGUCAGGGUUGUCGUACAGCUUGAUCAGCCUGUACCUCUAGAGGCGCCCGCGCGCAUCGUCCUACGAGCGAACGGGGAUACUGUCGCUGCUGGGUUAUUGGAGUGAAGAGAAGAUGAAGAAAUAUGUCCUUCUACUGAGCGCAUACUGUGCAAAGCGAAGUGGCUAAGUUUUUAAACCAAACAGUAAAAAUAAAACCUCUUUCAACGGACAGA